UAUCCUUCUCAUUUCUAAUAUCUAAUUCUGUAUAAAGUUGUGCAUCUGUACAUAUACAAACUCUAUCAAAAUGCAGCUCACCACCAUCCUCACCACCGCCCUCCUCUCCUCCGUCUCCCUGGCCGGCACCUUCAAAACCCUCUCCAAGAGCAAGCCCAGCCCAGCCCUGACCUGGAACGUCACCAACUUCAACACCAGCUGCACCUCGGGCGACUGCACCUACAACUUCCACAUCGCCGGCCAGGGCACCCCCAACACCCCCGGCUUCAACACCACCUGCACCGGCGCCACGGGCAAGGAGGACUACCAGCCCUGUGGCAACGAGCAGAUCUCGGCCAUUGUUGACCCUGCCAAGUCGUCGUCGCGUUGGAACGUCGAGGUCCAGCACACUUGGGUCAAGGGCGAGGCGCAGUUUUGGGCUGUCGGGAGUUCCAAUGCUACUGCUCCGGCGAAGCGGUUCAACAUUACUGUUGAUGAGCAGUAUGGUGUUGCCUAAAUGGGAAUCUUGAAUGCGUCUUUGUACAGUUUAUGGUCCGGAUGUUCUUUGGAUGAAUUGGGUUGGACUUACUUAAUGUCUGGAUUUAUGCCUGUGGUUAUUUUCAUGUCUCUCAUUAUGUCUCUGGAUGAUACUUUGAAUAUUCAAACUAAAUGCUGGCGGUGACAUCAUCCCGCCAACACCUCCAUUUCUCCAUCUUCAGCUGGAUAUCUUUUGCCAUCCGUGGCUGUGAUCCUAUACCUACAACUAGUAAUUAAAUACUAG